AUGGUUCACAGCAAAUCAGGCAAGAACGUUGUGAGGGUACACCUUGUCUGCCAUACAAUUUUUUGUUCACGGCACCUCUUUCUUUUUCAUCUUUGCAGGUUUCCCGACCCAUUCUGCAAGAUCAGCGUAGAUGGAUCGGGCCAGUGCCAUUCGACGGACGCCUGUAAAAAUACUCUCGAUCCCAAGUGGAAUCAGCAUUAUGACCUGUACCUGAGCCGAUCGGACUCGAUCACGAUCAGCGUGUGGAAUCACAAGAAAGUCCAGAAGAAGCAGGCCGGCUUUCUCGGAUGUGUGCGCAUCAUGGCCAACGCCAUACAGCAGCUCAAAGACACUGGCUACCAGCGGCUAGACCUGAUGAGGAAUACGGGGGGAGGAGGUGGGGACAUCGUGCGAGGCCAGAUCGUCAUCAGCCUACUCUCCCGUGACGGCCACGGCCUCGGAAGCCAGAACGUUGUGGUCAACAACCUGAGCGCCCUCGCUUGCCACGAGGACCUGCCCGAAGGGUGGGAGCAGCGGCGCACGGCAACCGGUCGAGUCUACUACGUCAAUCACUGGAGUCGCUCCACACAAUGGGAGAAGCCACUCAGGCCUGCAUACGAAAUGGUCAACAUGGUCGCGCCCCUUUCCAAUCGCAACAGCAUGCACGUCAGCGGCAGCAUCAGCGCGGGCAGCGCAGCCAACUCCCGAGCUCAGCGCCGGUCUCUGCCUCCACCCGCGUCUUCCACGGCCAACGAUGAGAGCAGCCACCUCCACACCACCUCCUCCUCCUCCUCAGCCAAUUACAUGUUGGCGCUUGUCAAUGAUGAGGGCAACGGAGCACCGCCGUCACCGUCCCCGCCGCCCGCGAGUUCUCCGCAGGCGGACACGCCACAGUCCAAUGCUCGGCGGCGGUCGACGCGGCAUCGCAACUACCUGGCCCGAAACCAGCUUCACAGGGCAGCUGACCUGCCCGAGGGAUAUGAGGUGCGGACGACACAGCAGGGCCAGGUGUACUUCUACCACGUGGCGACGGGGGUGAGCACGUGGCACGACCCCAGGGUGCCCCGCGACUACCCCUCCGGUGACCUUGAAUCCCUGGGACCCUUGCCCCGGGGCUGGGAGAUUCGUUCGACCCCAACGGGACGCCUGUACUACGUGGACCACAACAACCGCACCACACAAUUCACCGACCCUCGGCUUCCUCUGCUGGGUCUCGCGCCAUCUGCGAGGAGAGCACUCCCCAUGUCCCAGACGUCGUCGGCACAGGGGCAACACAUGUCACCGGCCCACGCGUCGCCAGCGCCUUCGGCUCCGACCUCGAACAUGACCUCCGGAUCUUCGAACCUGACAUCGCCGAGCAUGACGGGUCAGCCCAGCGCCGCUCAGACUGCCUCUUCCAGAGAGGCACUGCCGCCACCACCACCACCGGCGAGCCUUCCUGCGGGACAGCGUAGUCCACCUGGUCACCCCAACCCGUUGACAACGAACGCCAACCCACCUGGCGGAGUCGUUCAACCUCACGUCAAUAACGUUCCCCCGCAACCACCGAGCAAUCCUGCGGCGCUGCCGCCUCCGCAGAGCCCCAUGUCGCCCAUUAACGUGAACGGGCUGCCUCCCGUUGUGCCUUCCAUGACGGCGGCCAACAACCAUCGGAACAGCUUCUUUGGCGGCGGUGGUGGUGGGGGCGGUGGCGGUAGCGUACCCUACCUGGCGAACAACAGUCCCGCGCCGACAGUCACAAGUCCCACAUCGUCGUCGGCACUCAUCAUGGAGCGGUCGUCGUCGCCCGAGCUGUCCUGCCUUCCCAAGUACAAGCGGGACCUGGUGCAGAAGCUGACGGCCCUGCGUCAGGAGCUGCAGACGGUGCAGCCCCAGUCGGGUCACUGCCGGCUGGAGGUCUCUCGGGAGGACAUUUUCGAGGAGUCUUAUCGGCUCAUCAUGAAGAUGCGUCCCAAGGACCUCAAGAAGCGGCUAAUGGUCAAGUUCCGUGGCGAGGAAGGCCUCGACUACGGAGGAGUGGCCAGGGAGUGGCUGUACCUUCUGUCGCACGAGAUGCUGAACCCAUACUAUGGCCUGUUCCAGUACACGCGCGACGACAUCUACACGCUCCAAAUCAACCCCGACUCCUCGGUGAAUCCGGAACACCUAUCGUACUUCCACUUCGUGGGGCGAGUCAUUGGUCUGGCAGUGUUUCACGGUCACUACAUAGACGGUGGCUUCACGCUGCCUUUCUACAAGAUGCUCCUGGGGAAGCCCAUCCACCUGGACGACAUCGAGGCCGUUGACCCGGACCUGCACCGGAGCCUCACCUGGAUGCUCAACAAUGACAUAGGAGACUACAUCGACACGACCUUCUCCGUGGAACACAAUGCCUUUGGCCAGCUCCAGGUGCACGAACUCAAGCCCAACGGCAAGGACCUGCCCGUCACGGACGACAACAAGAAGGAAUACGUCAGGUUGUUCGUGAACUACCGGUUCAUGCGAGGAAUCGAGCAGCAGUUCCUGGCACUUCAGAAGGGCUUCAGUGAACUCAUUCACCCGAACCUGCUCAAGUCCUUUGACGAGAAGGAGCUCGAGCUGGUGAUUGGCGGGCUGGGCAAGAUCGACCUAAUGGACUGGAAGGCCAACACGCGGCUCAAGCACUGCACGGCCGACAGCAAUGUGGUCAAGUGGUUCUGGCAGACGGUCGAGUCGUACAGCGAGGAGCGGCGAGCGCGGCUGCUCCAGUUUGUGACGGGCAGCUCGCGGGUUCCCCUCCAGGGUUUCAAGGCUCUCCAGGGUUCCACGGGAGCGGCCGGCCCAAGGUUGUUCACGAUACACAUGAUUGACGCCAACACGGACAACUUGCCAAAGGCACACACGUGCUUUAACCGGAUUGACCUGCCUCCGUACGAAACACAAGAAAAGCUCAGCGAGAAGCUAACCCAGGCGAUCGAGGAGACUUGUGGAUUCGCCGUGGAGUGACUUUAGCUUCAUAGUUUGCAAACUUUUUCAAAUCAACCGCUUCAUCUGUCGCGUCGACGAUGACGACACGGUGAACGGCGGCACUGCAACUCCACACGUUGCGUCGCAACGCCAGCGGCCCAACGCGCCUGUCGCGUAUUCUCGAGAGCUACUCGGCAUGACGUCAAGUCACGACAACGCGAAGCGGCUACCGCCUCGUCUGACGCAUCCCGGCGGCGUUUGGAUGUGUUGCAGAAGCCACCGACUUAUCGCUUACUGGUGUGGUGCAUGUGUGUGUGUUUGCGUGUGUGUGUGCAUGAAAGUUUAGGUGAGCAGUUGUACGGGUCUCUGUAUUGUUUUUUUGUCUUUACGUUGCAUAGCUAUUGGACUGCUCGCGUUUCCGUGGCAAUUGAACGACGCAUAUAUAUGUGCAUAUACUCGCACUUGACUCGCACGAGAAAAAGAUAGGAUUAUCACGUGUGAUAAGAAGCUUAUCUGACGACAAAUGACACAACAAAAUGCAGUUGUCUCUUUUUUUUUUCAUACUGCCACUGCCAUCACAACAACAGAACAAUGAGUAGAGUUUUCCUCUCUCUGCUUUUUUUUUCAGCUUUUGUCCUACUGAUGUUGCAUUCUUCGUUCGUUCAAAUUUUUGCAUUGUACAAAGUUGUCCGCGCGCGUCCUUGCCUCCCUUCGCGGCGGAGGCACUUCCGCCUAGGAUCACCGCAGUUGGCGCUCGGUUUUUGAGCUCCGUCUCCCGCUCUAUGCAAGAACUCAACGCUCGUCAAGGUUUGCAAGAUCGUCGCAUUCUUUUUUUUUUUUUUCAAGUUGUUGUUUCACGUUGAUGCUGAGCAAGGAGCUUCGAGACGAUGCUAUCUCAUUUCUGUACAUAGUCACAAUCCGUCACAUGUCAAAACGCUUUGUCAUAUAUUUUGCUGCGCUUUUUCCUUUUUUUUUGAGUCCGAACAUACCAUCUAGUUACAAAGCAACUGGUGUUGUUUACUACUCAUUGCUUUAAUUAUCUUGAUGUGUGUGUUUGUUUGCUGCUGUAAGCUUCAGCGUCUCUUGCCUCUCGUAAAAGAAAAAAAGAAAGUAUGUAUAAUUCUUUCUUGGUAGUUUUUUCUUUUUUUGAACAACAUUUCACGAAAAACUAGGUCUCGCACAGAUGAAAUUUUUUCUAGAGGCCACACAAAUCAUCGCUGUUCACAAAUCAUGCGUGAAGAAAUAACUCGUCAAGUUCAGACUGCUCUGAACCGCCAGCCAUCUUAAUUUUUUGCGCUGGUUUGGAUGUGGAAAGCAGCUUGGAAUGGCCUAGAAUAAAACUGUACGCAGCUAUGUGCAGUCAUUUCACCUUCUUGGUGGUUCGCGUGACGAUUUGAUUUAGUCGACAUAGUCGUCAUAGUUGCACAUUGGUCAACCGAAAGAAACAACGAUUUGCUGUGAUAGAUAUGGAAACGACGGGACUGCAUUUUGAAUGCUUAUCAACAAAUGUCGACGCAAGAAAGUGAUAAAAAUUUAUUUUUGUUUAAUUUUCUGUUCGUCACACGCUGUGCAAAGUACACAUGUAGCUUUUUCUUUAUAAUUUGUUUGAGCGCUUGUUUGAUGAAAGAUGUAUGUCGUGCUUUGUAACUUCGCACCUUAUUUAAUGGACUGCUUCUGCAUAUAAUUUUUUUUUUGAUGGUGUGUUUUUUUUGCUGUUUUUUUGUCACGCACUGUGUGUUUCUUGUCUUAUUUUUUACUACAAGCCAUUAUAUGAUGAUUAUUAUUAUUACCUUAUUUCUAUCGCUUUUGAGCCACCCUAAUUAGGGUUGUGUGAAGCAGGCAUCGCACUGCAACACUUGUCUGUCUGUUAUUGCAACCAGCUGCAGCAACUAGUCCCACGUGUUUUUUUCCUCCAUUUAAGUAAUGUUUGCUGGCAGGCUAGUUCGCGAUGCACGGUUCGUAUGUGCAACAGCACAAGCACUUAACAAGAAAGUGUAGAAGGCGCAGGAAGGAGUGCUGUGCUCUGUUCUGUGUCCUCUCGGUUUCCUUGUUACGUGUUUGUGCUGUUGUACCCAUGAACUUUGUCCCUCAUUUAACCUUUUUUUUAUUUUGUUCACAGACAGACUGCGUGAUCAUUUGCUUAGCUGAGCACCCGCCACUUCUCACUCAUGGCCAUUUUAUGUUCAGUCGCGUAGCGAAGUUGCUCGUUCUCGCAUGGUUUACUGUGACUUGCACAUGACAGUCAUAUGUUCACACAUGUGUCAGUCCUCCAUCUGCCGCAUGACUCACAUGUCACGUAUGACUCACGUGACAGUCACGUAUGAAUUCCACGUGACAGUCGCAUAUUUGCACGACUCGCGUGUGACAGCCAUAUGUGAGUCACACGAUUGAACUUGGAUUCCCGUGUGAUGGUCACCUGUGACAGUCACAUGUUACUUACGUGUGACAAUCAUAUAUCUACUCAUGUGACUCACAUGUUCACACAUAUGACUUCUAUGUGACUGUCACAUGUGACACUGGCGUGCUUGUGCAUGUGACUUCCACGUGACGGUCACAGUCUUUCCCCUGAGCUGCGCAAGUGAACUCUGUCACAAGUUUGGCUUGUAGCGAAAGACCACCUGUCUAAGAUCUCAUGUGGUGCCUGGUGUCUUGCACUCCCGCCCUCACCAAUUCCGUGCAGUGCAGUGAUAGCUACCGGUUGCAUCUCGGAACAAAGAGCCAAAAGAAGUCUUGUAUCGUUCGCUUCUGACUGCAUUCAUUGUGACACCAGCAGGAUGGGAGCGUCCUGGAACACUUAGCAGUUGAUUGGACGUGAGCCCAUCUUCUUAUCUCAGAAACAAGCAGCCUGUAGUCACUGCUGAUUGCCAAACAAGGGUAAUAGCCUUCGCUGAACUUUGCGGAAUUGUGAAACUGAGUGUAUCAUCAUUAGGUGCACUUGAAUGGCUUCUUUCAAGAAGUAUGGUUCCAUUUGUGUGUUUUUCUCUGAACCUCUUAGUGGUUCAACUUGAGUUAAGUCAUGCGCAGUAGACCGUUGAUGAUUCGAGCUUUGGCAAUUCUAAAUUUCGAUAACUCCAAGGAAUAUUGGGACUUUAGACGAGCCGUGUUAUCUAUGCAAUUCGAAGCCACUUAGUUCAAACGAAAGAAUGUCUGUUUCAUCCUAACCUUUGAGGAUUAAGUAAGGUUAAGAAAAGGAUUGUUACUAACUAUGCACAUUGAACUGCUGUAGAAUGAAAAAAAGAAAAACAGCUGAAGGCUAUGAAGGUUCAUGAGUAAGCAUGUCCCCAAAAUUUGUCUUGCCAGCACUUGGUGACUGAACUUGCUGGAAAUCCUUUUGUUGUUCUGUUGUUAAAGCAUUUGCAGUCUAAAAUCUGAAGACUUGGAGGCUUGUUUAAUGUUACUUGUUCAUUCUGAAGCAACGAUUUAGGCUAGCAAAUGUUUUGAAGGAUUUGAAUUGUUGAACAUCAUUCAUCGCUCGCAUUUUUUUUUUCAACCCAAGCUCGCACUUUGCUCUCAGCGUUUCACAUUCGCAAACACUCCUCCUGCACUCUGCGCCAUCUAGUGUGAUGUACGCAAGGUCUUGUAAAACAUACUACGGCUGCGUGUUUGCCUUCUUACUAGCGCCACGUUGAGAGUGCUUGCCUCUCGUCAUCGACGCUCCUCUGUUGACAUUUUCGUCACUGGAGCGCAAAGUCAUUUCACAUUCCAAGAAAACUAUUGGCAGGGAGCUUGCACCCCUGCCAAGUUAGAAGAAAAAAUAGGCGAAGCGGCAUUGGACACACUGCAAGCUUCACGAGACUGGUUUCGUUGAAAAACAUGGGAGUUGCUAUUUUUGCACUCAUAGCUUGCAGCACACUCCAUUGUCAACUUCUAUCCCCGAUAUUUCGAAAUCCGGAGUCGGGAACGGCUCGUUUUUGGCAGUCGGGGUUGAAUGACCGUGUCUGAUGCUUAGAUUCUUUUUUUUUAUUGUGUAGAAACUCUUUCCACGUCUUCUGACACUGCCAUUAGGUGGCCCAGGCUGCUCUGUUGUACUUAUAAAAUACCUGGCAUAGUAGUUUGUGCAGCCGGCAAAUGCGUAGUUAGCAUCUUUCGCGUGUCUUGAGCGCACCCUGUACAAGCUGUUUCGAAGUGCGUCUCGCCCCCCCCCCCUCGCGCGUGUUUUGAGGGGGCCACAAAUGAGUUGUUAUAUCUUCCACUGUUCUCGAAACCGGAAGAAAGCUUCUAGGCAGAAACACGUGUAUAGCCCGUUGUUGGAACGUCUCGCAUGACGACCCCAUUUGCACCACCGCUGUUUUUUUUUUUUUCAAAUUUCGAGUCGAAAAGUGUUGACGCUCCGCUGCCUGUCUGCCGACAUUGUAGGAAAGCACAGAGCACUCGACUGAAUACUGAAUGUGUUUAGAGUUGUCUGUGUGGGCUUUUUAGAUAACUGUACAAAGCGAGGAAACCUUGUUGAUGAACUUUCUUGUGACGCUUCUGGCCUCAGAAGUGUCAAAAUGCCAAUGUAGUUGAAAGUACCACGCAGCAUUACGCUGGCUUUUAUUUGUAUGCGUGGUCCAAAUGCAACCAUUCUUGCAAGCUUGCACGAGGAAGCUGGAGUGUACGUGCUUGUUUUUUUGACUCGAUUGUUCUGAUAGUUGCGCUUGGUUUGUAUGGAUGCCUUUGUGUGCUUGUGUAUGCCCCUACGCUUCACUGUUCUCUGGUCAUACGGAAUGUUGUGUCGACGAGGCAGGCCUGUUUGGUUGGUUUUCCCCGUGCUAAACAACUUGCCCAUUUAUGCUAGCAAAGAGAUUUGCACGGAGGCGGUAUUUUGCGGUGUACAGUGCUCGGCGAUUGUAAUGCAAUACUCUGAGUGCGUGGCUGCUCGCGGCGAGGGUGACUGUGAGGGCAAGAGUACUUGUGACGCGUGGUGACUGCAUCCGGUAAACAGUCGUUCAGUCUGUGGUUCUCGGUGGAUUCGACGGAGCCUCCAGUAAUGCACGCCCGCCAGCUCCAGCCGCUUCGCACGGUGCGUGAGCGCAAUGUUUUGAAGCCAUGGCAAGCAGUGCUCCACCAGCGCCACCAAGAACCACAGACUGAGGGGUUGUCUACCAGAUGAAGUCACCAUGUGUCACGAAUGCCCUCACCACCAGUGGCCAUGCGCUCUGAGUAUCGCAUUUCAAUCGCCGAGCACCGUACGUCUUGUUUAAACCCAGGCUUGAAUGCAGAAUCUGUUCGCUUUGUUUGGGAUGUGCCAUCCGCCGAAGUAAUAGUAGACAAAAAAAAAAGUUUUCUCCGUACAGUAAGCAUCGGCACUGCCCAUUCCCGAGAUAUUUACUAACUCCACGUGCUGUCAUCUUUAUCUUACGAUGGGUCUUCCGUUUUUUGCAAAAUGGUCGCCUCUAGCGUUCAUUUUGCCAAGGCAAAGCAGAUGACGCGAACUUCAAUCUUAUCUUUGAUGAAGGGAACAGAUUGCUCCAUUUCAGGCACAGUGUUAAACAAACUGCAAAACGCCACCUACACGCAAAAUUUGGCUAUGAAUGAAUCGGCGAGGAAAGCCGUUUGCACCUGCCUCCCUUUCCAGCUUGUCACACGCAGUACGUGCUUUUUAUCGGCAGGAUCAUCGAUGAGGGAAGUGCCGAUCUCUUGCAGAUUUUUUGUUUCACCCCGCAGUUACGAAAAACGGCGUAAGAACUUUUUCAUUGUACAGGGGGCGCUUUCCUGAACCGUCUGAAAGGGGCUCAAAAGGUUUCAACGCAGUGCGCGACUUUUCACUGCCACCAAAAGAAACGCAAAACGAAAGUAGAUGCUGCAGCUUUAGGAAAGCCCGCAACAAACGCUGCUACACAGCCGCAACUGCACCACGGCUUGUGCCUUGUGACUCAUUCGUGUUUUAGGAGCCGAGACCCGAAGUUUUUAUGUGGUGCGAAUGUUCAGUGUUGGGUGCUUUAAAUGCACAUUUCUGGCACUCUCUUCCAUGCAGUGUGUCAGCUGUUUCGUGUCAGCACAUUGCUUUUCGUGUAUAAAAAAAAAACCUAUAAUGACCUGGGUUUGCACCUCACAUGUCCUUCCUCUUUGGUCUUGAGAGUGCGGACAACUUUAUUAUAGACUGUGAGCCCUUGAAAUACUUCCAUUGUUUCCUACAAUGUGUAUGACAUAGAAGAAUGUGCGAAACACCAUACAAAAUAAAGUUGUACCAUAAAGAGUAA